AUGGCAGCCAGGAUGUCUGUGGAAAUACUCCAGGAUGAAGUCUCCUGCUCCAUCUGCCUGGAUGAUGAAGGGGAGCUUUUCCAGAACCCCGUGUUCAUCCACUGCGGGCAUAGCUUUUGCCGAGUGUGCAUCACUGCACUGGGAGUCAGAGAGGUAGAAGGAGGGGAGAACUUGUGUGAGAAGCACCAUGAACCCCUGAAGCUCUUCUGCAAAGAUAAGCAAAAGCUUAUCUGCAUGGUGUGUGACAGGUCGAAGGUACACCAUGAGCAUUCUGUGGUUCCCGUGGACGAGGCUGCCCAGGAGUACAAGGAACAAAUUCAGACCCAACUGCAGCAUCUGAAAUUAGAGCAAGAGGGGUUUCAAUCUUCCAUGGAGCGCAGAGAAGAGAGAGUCCAGGACUACACCAAGAAGAGAGAAGCUGAGAAGCAGAAGAUUGUGACUGAAUAUAAGCAGCUGUACAAGUUCCUGGAGGAGCAGGAGUCCUUUUUGCUGGCCCAGCUGGAGCAGCUGCACACAGAGAUAAUGAACGUGCAUGGAGAAAAUCUCUCCAGCCUUUCGGAGGAGACCACGAGACUGGGCUUGCUGAUUGGGGAGAUGGAGAGGAUGUGCCAGCAGCCAGACUGUGAACUCCUGAAGGACGUGAAAACCACCUUCAGCAGGUGCAAGACUGAAACAUUCUCACACUCCCUUGAUAUUUCCCCUGAGCUGGAAGAGAAAUUCUGUGAUUUAACCAAGAAAACUGCAGCCAUCAAGGAGGCUAUGGAGAAAUUUCAAGGCAUACUGGAGGAGCUCAGUCUUCCUUUAACAACACAGGUGACACUGGACCUGAACACAGCCAAUGCCAGGCUUUACCUCUCGGAAGACUGCAGAGUCGUGCGGUGGGAAAGCCAUGAGCAGGACCUGCCCUGCAACCCGGAGAGGUUCAAAGAGUGUCCCUGCGUGCUGGGCUCAAGGGGCUUCACAUGGGGUUGGCACAGGUGGGAGGUGGAGGUCAGCAGAGAAUGCACGUGGGCCAUUGGGGUGGCCAAGGAGUCGGUGUUGAGGGCGAGGUUUCCCCUGAAAGGGGGGAUAUGGGCACUGCAUCACAGCAGAGAUGAGUACGAGGCUCUGACCUCUCCUCGUAACACCAGCUUGACCCUACGCAAUGUCCCCCAGCGGAUCCGAGUCUACUUGAACUGUGAGGAAGGGAAGGUGGAGUUUUAUGAUGCUGUGAGCAAGGAUCGGAUCUCUGCUUUUCUGCGGGGUUCUUUCAAAGGGGAGAAAGUCUACCCAUGGUUCAUGGUGUUAUGGGAUGCUCACCUCAAACUCGUGUUCCAAGGCAUGGGAGAAAAGAAAUAA